GCGGAAGCGCGUUGGCCCGGGGCGGCCCGGGGCGAUGGAGCCGCGGCUGGGCGCGCACGAGCUGCUGCACGUCUUCUCCUUCCUGGGGGCGCGCGACCUGCUGCGCGCGGCCCAGGUGGACAAGCUCUGGAAUGAAGUUACAAGCAGCACAGAACUGUGGAGGCAGCUGUGUCAGAGACGCUGGCCCUCCUGUCAGACUUCCCAGGUGACCCUGGGCACACAGACCUGGAGACAGUAUUAUCUCUGCCGAUCGGAACUGGAGUUCCGAAUGGAGUCCGGGCGGCCAGAGAAGGAUUUCACCUGCAGAGCCAUCACUGGACACAAAGGACGGAUCCUCAGGCUGGCUUACAUCUCAACCAGCGAGUACCGGCGUGACGGGCAGGAGAAGUCUGUGGUGUGCACUGUGUCUUCCGACCACACUGUGCGUGCGUGGGAUGUGCGGGAGGGUGUGGAGAUCUGGGCCAGCCCGCAACAGCCUGCAGCUCUGGUGAACUUGGUGACCUUUCCUCGGCUGCGACUGGUGGUCACCGUGGACGAGCAGGGCCUGAUCAAAGUGUGGAAAGCGGAAGACGGCUGGGAGUGCACCUCCUUCUCCCUGCCCACCUCCUCGGCUGCCUUGGAAGCUUGUCACCAGCCCGAAGGCCCCUUUCUGCUGGCUGCCUGUGCUGAGGGGGCAGUGUACAUGCUGACCCUGCCGGAGCUGCAGCUGCUCUCCAGAGCGAGCCUGUUUCCAGGCAGCGCCCCAAGCCUCCUCUGCUCUCCUGACGGCCAGUGGCUGUUAGCACUCACCGAGCGCUCAGGCCUGGGCGCAAAGGUGAUCCACACGCGCUCUUUGCUACUCCGGCAGGAAGAGGAGGCUCCCGUCUCUGCGCUUCUCCCUGUACAGCUGCCGUCCAAGGCCUGCUGGGCCCCCCUGGAGGCAGCCAGGCUCAUAGUGCUGCACAGGAGCGACAGCGGCGAGCACGGGGUCGUCACCACGUUCGAGCUGGGGACGAAGAGGUGCAAGGAUAGUGUGGGCAUUCUGGCACAGGAGGUUGCCAGCUUCCCCCUGCCAGACUCCAUGGCGGCCCCGCCUCUUCUGAAAGCUCACGGGUCUCAGGUGGUCCUGGUGGGGUCUGACUUGGAGCUGGUGGUCUUCACCAUCCACGGCCUGCAGCUGGCAGCCCAUCAGGACCACCAGCAGCCUAUCACGGACAUAUGGGUGGAUGAGAGCCGAGUCGUCACCUCUUCCCUUGACCUCUCCCUGCGAAUCUACAUGUGGAAACAGGACGGGACCUGGCCUGUCCUCAAGAGCUGCUAUCACCUGCUGGGAGGGUCCCACAGAUGGUCCAGUGGGUUCACCCAGGUGGAAUGCGACAGCAUGAGCAUUGUAGGUGUGGAAUCCAGGAAAACUGGAAUGAGCGUCCUCAGAUCCUACUGCUUCACAGUGUCGCGAGACUGCAGGGACGGCCUCGGCCAGGUCAGAGAACUCGUGUAACUACAGAGACCGAAAUAAAUGUGUAUCAACAUUGCGGAUGAAUUGGACUCUGUCACACACCUGCCGUGAGCCACGCUUUGUGCUCUAGUACUGUUUUUGUUAUUGUUUUGUUUGGGGGCCAGAUCUGGCAGUGCUCAGGGCUUCCUCCUGGCUCUGUGCUCAGGGAUCACUCCUGUUGGUGCUCACGGCACCAAUAUGUGCUCCCAGGGAUAGAACCUUGGCUGCUUGCAUCUAUUUUUAUUGGGGGUUUUCACACGUGGCUGUGCUCAGGGCUUAAUCCUGGUUUUGUGACCAGGGAUCACUCAGGGUAGUGCUUGGGGACCACAUGUGGGGGCAUGGAUUGAACCCGGAUUGGCUGCAUGCAGGCAGAUACACCCGCUGUACUCUCCUCAGGCCCCUAUGACUGUUCUUAAAUCACUCCCACAAGCCAGUGACAUUUACCUUAUAUUUUCAUAUAAGCAGCAAGAAAUACAAUAAAACCAUACUUAACCCAUCUUUAGCCCAUUUCGUUUAUGUCCUUCAGCCUGUCCCGGGUGAUACAACUGAGUGGCAGGGAGCUAUGCUGGUAUUGUAACAUGGUUGUUAUGUAAGUCUUAUAUUUUUCAAAUAACUUGACAUUUUUUAAUCUUCCUAGUUUGUAUUACUACUUUAGACUUGUACUAAUGGACAGUGCUUGCUCUUUAACUGCAGAAACUCUGGUCUAUGUUUUCCUAUGUCCUGGAGUAGGUCCAUAUGGAAAUCCUGAUUGGUUUAGUGGACAUGUGACUACGAGUUCUUUUUUGUUUUGUUUUGUUUUGUUUUGGGGUCAUAUCCAGCGAUGCUCAGGACUCGCUCCUGACACUGGGCUCAGGACUCACUCCUGGCGGGGUUCAGGAGGCCAUCUGGGGUGCCUGGGAUUGAACCUGGGUUGGCUGUGUGCAAGGCAAACACCCUGGCCACUACAUUAUCACUCUGAGUGGUCAGAGCUCUCACUUGCAAACAGUGGGAAUUGAAACAAAUUCCAUUUGUUUGACGCACACCAAAAAUGAGACUGUGUUAGAAGGAAGUAGAGCUGCCUGCCGAGUCAGUGGGAAGACGGGAGAGCCAAGCCUGGACGUCUGCCAUCACCGCCAUUUCCCAGGGUUUGGAGGCGUAAGGCACAAAGGACCUUACUGAUGGGGAAUUUCUUGUUAACUCUCUGAAGGUCUUGUUCCAGAUCUGUGUUCCAGUCAUGCAAAACCGUCUGGCACAGGUUCCUGCUCAAGUGCUUACCUUGCCCUUUCCCCACCUCUAGUUCUG